UUGUGCUUCUGACUGCAUUUGAGGGCAAUAAUAGAGCUGAAAAAGCUGCUUCUGAGUUUAAUGCUGAUCAGCUACAUACAGAAAAUGGCAUGAAGACUUUGCUUAAUAAGUUGGAUACGGUUUUUAAGAAAGACCAGAUUCAAUUUUGGCUUUUAAACUUAUCGAUGCAGCAAAAAUUCAAUCUUCAGAAAGACAGCUUGCAUUCACUCUUGCGAGCGAUAUGAAAUACGAUACAAUGAAGUCAGCUCUAAAAAGGAUUUUUCCAAGCAAACCUCUUGGAAAUGAAAAUGAUGAUGAAAAUGCGAAGGCAAUCAACAUAAAGGCAGAGGCAUAUUAUGCAAACAGAAAGUAUUUCGGCCAAAGACAGUUUUUCAAACCUGACAUGAAAAAUAAACAGUACAAUCCAAAGAAUAAACUUGGAGAGAUAUCCAGAUGCGCUGUGUGCGACUCAAAAAUGCACUGGGCUGACAAAUGUCCUCAUAACCCCAGGCACAAAAGCGUACAUGUAGCCGAAGGAAUCGAUGAUCCUCGCCCUUCAAAAUGUCAACCAGAUAGUGAUGAAGAAGUUGUUGAAAAUCCGAUGGAGUUUGUGAAUGCUAUUUUUCUUACCGAAUGUCAAGACAAUGAAAUUUAUGUUACAGAAACAUCUGGUUGUGCUAUUCUCGAUACUGCAUGCACAAAGACUGUCUGUGGUGAGAGCUGGUUCAGUGACUAUGUUGACAAAUUGGAUGACAACUUCAAGAAGUCUGUCAAGAUCCAGAAGGGUGGAACUGGUUUCAAGUUCGGAGAUGGGAGAGAAGUAAUUUCCACCAAGAGUGUUAUGCUUCCAGCUAUCAUUUCAGGUGCGUUAUGCUACAUUAAGGCUGACGUGGUGAAAGAUAAAUUGCCUCUGCUGUUAAGUAAGUCAACACUGAAAAAAGCAGGGACAACAAUUAAUCUUGAAAAUGAUGAAGCAAUUAUGCUGGGAAAGCCUGUUGAGCUCCAGUUUACCACAAAUGGACAUUAUUGUAUUGAUAUACAUCCUUGUCAGGCUUCAAAGAUUCAACAAAGAGACAGAAAAGAUGUGUUCACUUCAUCAAUUUAUACAAAGUCCGAUAAAGAAAUGAGAAAAGAAAUUUUGAAAUUACACAAACAAUUCGGCCAUGCUUCUGAAGAUAAUCUGAUUCGACUAAUUAAGACUGGAAACAAGAGCUUGAGUUCUGACAUAACAUCAAUCAUUCGAGAGGUGACAAAUGAAUGCGAAAUUUGUUUGUUGCAUAAAAGAGCACCUCCUAGACCAGUGGUCGGUUUGCCUCGAUCUAAUGAAGUAAACGAAACUGUGGCUCUUGAUUUGCAUCAGCUUGGACCAAGCCUUUGGUAUUUACAUGUCAUUGAUGAGUUUUCUAGAUAUAGUAACGCUGCAUUGAUUCACUCAAAAUCACCAAAAAUAAUCAUUCAAAAGUUUUUGCAGUUCUGGGUGAGCAUUUUUGGUGCACCACGCAGGGUAAUUUCCGACAACGGUGGAGAAUUUAAUAAUGAGGAAUUUCGUGAUAUGUGCGAAAACUUCAACAUCUCUGUAAAGACAACACCCGCCUAUUCACCAUGGUCAAAUGGUGUGUGUGAGCGUCAUAAUCAAAUACUCACAAAUAUUCUUAUAAAGAUCAAGAAAGAUGUUCAAUGCAACUGGGAGACAGCACUUGCUUGGUCAGUUUGUGCAAAGAAUUCACUGGUUAACAACAGUGGAUUCAGUCCAACCCAGAUUAUGUUUGGAAGAAAUAUAAACCUGCCAUCUGUGAUGAAAGAUGAUCUACCUGCCCUGGAAGGAAAAACAAUCAGUGAAAAAGUUGGUGAACAUAUCAACACAUUGCAUGCCUCAAGAAAAGCAUUCAUCGAGGCAGAAUCGUCACAAAGAAUAAGAAGGGCAUUGCGAAGCAACACACGACCAUAUAGUGGCAAUUUUGAAAUUGGGGAAGAUGUCUACUAUAAAAGGAAUGACAGCAAUGAAUGGAAGGGACCAGGACGAGUUUUAGGAAAAGAUGGUGUGUUGGUAUUCUUGCGGCAUGGUGGACAACUCAUAAGGGCACAUACAAGCAGAGUCCAGAAAUUGAAGCAGAACAACAACUCGCUCAAUCAUGUCUCCCGUCAAAUUGACGAACAACAGAGCGAGAUUUCAAAUGAUACUGAUUAUGAAAAAACUGAAAUUUCACAAGUUGAGGAAACAGCUUUGCCUGAAACACUGCAAGAAAGGCAUCCGGAUUCAUCUGAAGAACAAGCUCAUAUUCCUUGCCAGAGUUGUAAUGAAGAACCAAGCUAUGAUCAGGUCCACAACAUGGUUCUCAAGAAGAAUCAAAUGGUUACAUUUAAAAAUGAUGGAAUUUUGUGUGAAGCAGAAAUCUUAAACAGGGCAGGAAAGGCAACUGGCAAAUAUCGGAAUUGUUUUAAUGUUGAAUAUAAAUCACCUUCACAUCUUUCUGGUGUGAAGCACUGUGUUGAUUUUGAUCAGGUUCAAGAACUGCAAGUGAUACCACCUCAACAAGAAUCCAUGGUUCUAAAUAAUGUCAGAAAAGAAAGUCAUGUAUUCGUCACGGAAGAUAUUGAUUUUGAUGAAGCUAAAGCAAAAGAACUGCAAAGCUGGCAAGAAAAUGAUGUGUUUGAUGAGUGUGCAAAUGAAGGCCAAAAAUGCAUAUCUGUGAAGUGGGUGUGUUCCCUAAAGAAUACAGACAAAGGAAUAUUACCAAAAGCAAGACUUGUAGCUCGUGGUUUUGAGGAUCCUGACAUUGAUAAUGUGGAGAAAGAUUCACCCACUUGCAGCAAAGAUGCUUUGCGUACUGUGAUUGCCAUCACAGCUCAAAAAGGUUGGAGAUUGCAGAGCAUAGAUAUAAAAACUGCCUUUCUGCAAGGAGAGAAACUGCAGCGGAAUGUAUACCUCAUUCCUCCUAGAGAAGCUAAAUGUAUGCCAGGAAAAAUUUGGAGACUCAAAAAGUGUGUCUACGGCCUUACAGAUGCUUCCCUGCAGUGGUAUGGUAGGGUAAAGCGUUUUAUGUUGGAAAAUAAAGGGAAAAUGACAAAGAAUGAUCCUGCAGUGUUCUGCUGGCAUGAAGCAAAAUCAUUGCAGGGAAUAAUUGCAGUUCAUGUUGACGACUUUCUAUGGGCCGGAACAGUAAAAUUUCAACAGAGUGUGCUACCCAAGCUGCGCGAGACAUUCAAAAUUGGGAAUGAAGAAUCUAAAAGCUUCAAGUAUAUUGGAAUUGAGAUUGACCAUGACAAAAAUGAAGUUUUGCUCAAUCAAACCGAAUAUAUUUCAAAUUUGACUCCGAUAAAGAUACAUUCUGGGCGAAAUAGUGAUGAUUCAGUUACAAUCAAAGAGCGAGAUGAAUUGAGAUCAAAAAUUGGACAAUUUUUAUGGGUCAGUGGCCAAACAAGACCGGACAUUGCAUAUGAUGUAUGUAUUCUGGCAACCAAUUUCAAAAAUGCGACUGUGAGAGAUUUGUUUCUUGCAAACAAAGUCUUGCGCAAAUUGAAGUCAAACCCAUUCAGCUUGAAAUUUCAAAAUCUAGGACCGAAUGAAAAUCUAAAUCUUGUCUGUUACACUGAUGCAUCAUUUGCAAGUCUGAAUGAUGGAGGCAGCCAAUCUGGAAGUCUUGUAUUUCUGGUAGGAGAAAGUGGAUACUGCAAUUUACUAAGCUGGGAAUCAAAACGCAUCCGUCGAGUUGUCAAGAGCUCUUUAGCAGCUGAAACUUUGGCAUUAUCAAAUGGCAUUGACACAGCAGCGUUUGUGGCUUCAUUGUUUGCUGAAAUUUGGAAUGGUGACAUCAAUGAUGAAAAGCUACCUAUCGAAUUGGUGAUUGACAAUCUUUCUUUAUACGAGGCGAUUAAAUCAAAUAAACAGGUUCAAGAUAAGAGACUACGAGUGGAUAUUGCAAUUGUGAAAGAAAUGAUCAAAAACAAGGAGGUUUCAAAUGUUUACUGGGUUGAAGGAAAACUACAGCUGGCAGAUACCCUAACAAAGAGUGGAGUAUCAUCAUCAAAACUUGUGGACAUUUUAUGUAAUGGUCAAUUUUAAUUUAAAAAGAAAAACUGGGGAAUAUGUUAAUGUGUUAUCACUUAUAAAUAACUUUCCAGGGCCAUACUUAAUUGCACAUCACUUUGCAAGUCCAAGUUUGUUUAUAACAUGUUAAAGAAAUAAGUUCUCUCCUAUUUAGUAAAAGGAGAGACACUAAGAAAAAGGUUGGCGCCUUGCCAAUGAUGAUGCAAUACCAGUCUUGCUCAAUUUCUUUGUUUCUUUUAUUCUCUUGAGUUAAAACGUUUUUCUUGCAAUGUAGCACUGUAUGUGAAAAGGUGUUUUUGGCGAGAGUGGAGAUAAUAGAAUUUCUUGUUGCAA